UACAUUCUUCUUCCCUCUCUUCCUAUAUAACCCCACCCAAUUUGAAGUUUUAGGGUUUUACAGAAUCAAAAAGCCGAUCAAAAUGCUCGGUGCCACAGCAUCGAGGCUAUACAGAGUCACCGGAAUCCUCCUCCUCGCCCAAAAGCCCCAUCAAAGCCGCAACCUUUCCUUUCUCUCCUUCCCCAAUUGCAGAACCACCUUCCAUGGAAACCCUAUCCUUCUUCCCCAAACCCUCACCGCCACAAGAAGACUCAUCCCUCUCCGAGUCAACGCCUUCGUCCCCGGCGCCUCCUCCUCCUCCGACGGCCGCGCCGCUCGCCUCUCCACGGCGGCGCCGGACCGGACCAAUCCGCGGCCGGUCGUCGCCAAGAAGGCCCCCGGCGAGCAAGUCGGCGACGUCCAGAUCUUCCGGACUCUGGCGAGUUACUUGUGGAUGAGAGACAACUACGAGUUCCGGCUUAGGGUUUUGAUGGCGUUGGGGUUUCUGGUUGGGGCCAAGGUGCUCAAUGUUCAGGUGCCGUUUCUGUUCAAGCUCGCCGUGGACUGGCUGACCACGGCGUCGGCGACGGGGAAUGCCGGUGCUUUUGCGGCGUUCUCUGCGGCGAAUCCGACUCAGCUGGCGAUUUUCGCGACGCCGGCGUCGGUUUUGAUUGGGUAUGGGAUUGCUCGCUCCGGCGCUUCGGCUUUCAACGAGUUGAGGACUGCUGUGUUUUCUAAGGUGGCACUGCGAACAAUCCGAUCCGUGUCCAGAAAGGUCUUCUCACAUUUGCAUGACCUUGAUCUUCGAUAUCAUCUUAGUCGAGAAACCGGUGCACUAAAUAGAAUAAUUGAUCGUGGUAGCCGUGCUAUAAAUUUCAUUCUCUCCGCUAUGGUAUUCAAUGUUGUACCCACCAUCUUGGAGAUAUCUAUGGUUUCAGGUAUACUAGCUUACAAAUUUGGAGCACCUUUUGCAUGGAUAACAUCGCUAUCAGUUGCUGCAUACAUUGCAUUUACAUUGACUGUUACACAGUGGAGGACGAAGUUCAGGAAGGCCAUGAAUAAGGCUGACAAUGAUGCUAGUACUAGAGCAAUUGAUUCACUUAUUAAUUAUGAGACGGUCAAAUAUUUCAACAAUGAAGAUUUUGAGGCUGAUAAUUAUGACAAAUACUUAAAGAGGUAUGAAGAUGCUGCCUUAAAAACACAACGUAGUCUUGCUUUCCUGAACUUUGGCCAAAGUAUCAUAUUCAGCACAGCUUUAUCAACGGCUAUGGUGUUGUGUUCAAAUGGUAUAAUGAAUGGCAGUAUGACAGUUGGUGAUUUGGUCAUGGUGAAUGGACUUCUAUUCCAACUAUCACUUCCACUCAAUUUCCUAGGUAGUGUUUAUCGUGAGACCAUACAGAGCCUUGUUGACAUGAAGUCCAUGUUUCAGUUACUGGAGGAAAGGGCUGAAAUAAGAAACAAAGAUGAUGCAAAGCCUCUGCACCUAAACGGGGGGAGCAUUCAGUUUGAAAACGUGCAUUUCAGUUACCUACCAGAAAGAAAGAUUCUUGAUGGGAUAUCAUUUGUUGUACCUGCUGGAAAGAGCGUGGCUAUCGUUGGAACCAGUGGCAGUGGAAAGUCAACCAUUCUCAGAUUGCUGUUCAGAUUUUUCGACACCCAUUCCGGAAUUAUUAGGAUAGACGGUCAAGAUAUUAGGGAUGUGACACUUGAAAGUGUGCGGAACUAUAUUGGAGUUGUGCCGCAAGAUACAGUACUUUUUAAUGAUACAAUAUACCACAACAUUCAUUAUGGCCGUCUUUCUGCAACAAAAGAAGAGGUGUAUGAAGCUGCUCGACGUGCAGCAAUACAUGAUACUAUCAUGAAGUUUCCCGACAGAUAUUCUACUGAAGUGGGGGAACGGGGGCUCAAGUUAAGUGGUGGGGAGAAGCAGCGUGUGGCACUGGCUCGUGCAUUCUUGAAAGCACCUCCAAUCCUGUUAUGUGAUGAAGCUACUAGUGCACUAGAUAGCACCACAGAAGCAGAAAUCUUAAGUGCAUUGAAAUCUUUGGCAACCAAUCGAACUUCAGUUUUCAUUGCCCAUAGGCUGACUACUGCAAUGCAGUGUGAUGAGAUAAUAGUUCUGGAGAAUGGGCAAGUGGUUGAGCAGGGACCGCAUGAUGUUCUCUUGUCUAAGGCAGGAAGAUAUGCACAGCUCUGGGGACAGCAAAACAACACAAUUGAUGCUCUUGAUGCUACCAUUAAAACAGGGACUUAAUGUUGAUCCAUUCAUUACCUCUCUUCCUCCUCUAAAUUAUGGAUGAGGGAAUAUCCGUCUUUAUUCCGGUAUCUGUGUAGCCACCUUUGGCAUUCAGUUUAUACACAUUAAUGCACUUUGGAGCAAGCAGUGUUAUCUGGUGACCGGGAAGAACUGGUGCGUGGCUGGUGCUUUUCACCAUUAAAGUGUUGACUAUUCUCAGUUGAGUCAGUUCGCUUCAAGCUCCAAAGCAAAUGCUCCAGUGAUGAGGUAGGUUGUACUGGUUGGUUAUUUCACAUAAUGUUAAAUGCAAUGUUCAUAGGCUGAUAAAUUGUUGAAGAGAUGCUACUCGGAGAAUAUUAGGAGGGAUCUUUGGAUUUUGUUUUAAGAGAAGAAAUCUUUGGAUUUGAAUAAGAAUCAAAAUUUGUUUACGUGAUAAGAAUACACAAGCCAUCAGCUUUGCGAAGUAUAUACUAUCCCUGGAGCACCCUGCAAUCAGUGGAAGCAUUUCUGUAAAGUAGCACAUUGAUAGUCCAAAGUUUCUUAACUGUAUCCUGCUGCUUGGAUGAAUUGCAUUCGUCACUUUAUGAAACAAUUUGAUGAGGAUUGCAUGCUUCUCCUUUUUUGGCCUUACAAUUAGUUAAGCUGGAAACCAUACUACCAAUUGUAUCACAACUGUACCAUGUGCUUCAAAUAAAUUUUGCCCUGUGUUUUUAGUCUUAUCUGUGGAUGCACAAUGUUCAACUCAUUGUAUUAUAUUGGUAAUAUAUGCACAUCUGCUGAGAUGCUGAUUUUC